GUGUAUUCUCCUGUCUGCAGCUGACUGAUACCGCUAUCCCAGCCUGCGGAGUAUUAUUAUUACUAUUAUACACACCCUGUCAGGCCAGCAUGAAAUUCCCUGGCUCAGUCUUGGUGUCAGUCUCCCUGUUUGUGGCAGAGACAGUGACGGCCCUCUACCUCUGUUUCACAUACAGCUUGGCCGGGGACAGGAUCUGGCAGGACCUGACCCUCCUGUUCUGCCUCCUGCCCUGCUUGCUGGUGCAAAUCUGCCUCAUCUUUGUCCACCGGGAUCUCAGCAGGGACCGACCCCUGGUACUGCUUCUGCACCUGCUGCAGCUGGGACCCCUGGUCAGGUGAGGAGGGGCCUAUAGGCAGCAGGGGGUUAAUGGAGUUACCUCAUUGUAACCUAAUGCUGGUACAUGUAAGGAUACAACGUAUUUAGGAGAGGCUGUUCCACUCUUUACGAUUUAUUUCACCCUCUCUGCAUUGCAUUGUCAUCACCCCUGCAUCUUGCCAAUCCCCAGUCAGGAAAGCAAUUUAAAAAGACAAAUAAUUUGGGAAUUAUCCUCUGGCACUUCAGCCCUGAUAAUGUAUAUGUAAAAUAGAUAUUCAUGUGUGUGCAAAUAACUAAGUAAAACUAUUAAUAGUAAUAAUAAUUUCAAAAACAAUAUCGAUCUCUCAUAGUGCUGCAUAUAUUCGAAUAAAGUAUUUAAUUUUCAGCAAAGUAAAAAUGGUUACUUGACAUUUUAAAUGAACAGAAAUCAGUUAUCAGAAUUCCAAUAACGUCAAAUGAUCUUUGUUGGCAUAAUGUCAGAUACAGCCAUUGAGCCAAUAAAUCAUUAUAGAAUUCUGGGAAAGAAAACAGGGCAAGCGAUUGAUAGGUGUUUUAUAGCCACUUUUAGAUCUUAUGGAUAACAUUGUUUUGUAUACCAUAACAGGGUUUGUGGUUUGUAUAUAUUAUUGCAUGUGAUGUUGUGAGGAGAGUUCAACAAGACAUGAGACAACUGAUCAUUGAUGUGUUAUAAAUGAAAACAUGUUAAACUGGUCCUAAUUAUGCUAAAUAAGUAGUUUUUUUUCCAUAUUCUUUAUUUCUGAAAAUUCUUACAAUGAGUUUUACACCAUUUUUAUAUAUGUAUGAAGGAUUUGAAAAGAAUACAAAAAAUAAAUGUAACACAUAUCCAUCUAUGUCAUAUUUUGUGUUCAGCAAGAUCAAAUGUUUCAUAGUUAUUGACAGGUAAACCAUGAGUUUUUCCACAACAUUUUCCUAAAAUGUAAUGUUUUUCCACAACAUUUUCCUAAUAAAUUACAAUGUAGCUACAUAUUACAACAUUUAUGAAUAUAAUGUGUGAAGUAAUCACAAUGAGUUGUGUAGAAUGCAUGAAAGUUUUCACAUAAAGUGUUAAAUUCUAGAAUGUUAUUAUUAUUUAUUUUCUGUUAUCCGUGUUAGAUUGGUGUACAAAUCAUUCAAGGGAAAACAAGAUAGGUAAAAUAUGAUGCAGCCCUUAUCACCCUAUUGUUAAAUCACAGAUAUCAGAUGUAAUCUACUUCCAGGCGAUGUCAGAAAGAUGACAUAAUCUGGAUAUUAUUUGGUGACACAGCAACAGAAGAAAGAUAGGGAAUCCUGGCCCUACUGCCACGUGAACACUAAUAUAAGGGACUAAACAACUCAUCGACUUUCUAGAAUUAAAAUGUUCAUCCUUUGAGCAAGGAGUUUCUUCCCUUGUGAUUAUUAAAGUUAACGGGCUCUUUCUUAUCCACACUUUGCUUGCAUGCAUGUUUGAAUUUUUGUUAUAACUCCUUUUUGCGUAUAAUAUUCUUAUCUAAUACCUCAAGAGAUUGACAAAAUAUGGGAAGGAGACAGAAGGCAGUCUGUGGCGAGGGAGAGCUAAUGUUAUUGCUCUUCCUGUUCCUCGCAUUGCUAUCUCAUGCCAUGCAGCAAUGCCAGGAGCCACUCUAAUAACUACCGCCCCGGCAUUGCAACACAACGUGAGAGGCACAGCGAGGAACUGGAAGAUUACAAGAGCCACUGGACCCCAGGGAGAGGAUUCACACCAACUCACCCAAAGGUAGAGAGGAAGGAAAGGCCUAAAAAAACACAAGGUAAGAUAAUUUGUGAGUGUGUGUGCACAAAUGUGUGAGUGUGUCUGUCAGUGAGAGUGUGUCUGUCAGUGAGUAUGUCUGUUGGUGCGUGUAUUUCAAAUCUGUGAGCUUGUGUGUCUGUCAUUAAGAGUGUGUGUCAGAGUGUCUGUCAGUAUGUGUAUGUGUCUGUCAGUGAGUGUUUCUGUCAGUGAGUGCCUGUCAGUGUGUGUUUAUCUAUGUGUCUGUCAGUGAGUGUGUUUCAAAUCAGUGAGAGUGUGUGUCUGUCAUUGAGAGUGUGUGUCAGUGUGUCUGUCUGUGAGUGUUUCUGUCAGUGAGUGCCUAUCAGUAUGUGUUUUUGUACGUGUGUGUCUGUCAGUGAGUGUGUUUCAAAUCAGUGAGAGUGUGUGCCUGUCAGUGAGAGUGUGUGUCUGUCAGCAAAAGUGCGUGUCUCUCAGUGAAAGUGUAUGAAAGUCAGUGAGCCUGUGUCUGAUUUCAAAGUAGGCGAGACUUAUAGAUGGAGAGGUGGAGUUGUUGCUAUAGAAACAUUCAUGUCUGGACUGGACAUUUGAAAAGGGGAGGAAUUAGUAAGAUGACCAUGCCCACCUGGGUAUCAAAUGUCUGCACCCAGGUGUUGUGAUGCUACGAUCGCCCUAAAUGCAUUAUCUUUUACUACAUAGAAAUAUUCUAAAAUACAAGGCUUACUUAAAAAGGGGGGAAACUUAUGUUUUUUUUUAAACCCACUAACAGUGUAUUAUAGCAAAUAAGUGCACAGUUUGCCAAGAGUAAUUGGGGGCACACCUGAAAUAAAGAUUAUGGAUUAAUGAUUAGCACAUACAAAAACUAAAAUAACACCUAGUCCUCGUAUUAAAAUACACCCUUUCGUUUUGUUUACAUUUAGAUUUUUUCUUCCCUGCAGUGCGCAUAUUACUUUAUUUUAGUUUACUUUAUUUUUUUUAAAAAUGUUUAUUGUUAUCCUCAGGAAACUGCUACUACUGCUAAGUAUAUUGCGUAAUCAAAGAGAAACUGGAAAAAAAUGAUGCCUAAUAAAUACAGAAUGAUGGUCACAGCACAGACAUCAAUAAUUAUUUUGACUGUGGUUCUAUAAACAAUUGAGAAAUAGCCUUAAGAAUCCUCAUAUAUUGUUACCAUAAUAGCUAAGAAUACAAGGCAUUUAUCCCAUGGAAGGUAAGUGAAUGCAGAUACCAGAUAUUUCUACCAAUAUCUGUAUCCAAUCUGGAUGUAAGGCUUAUGGCUUUUAGUAUAUAUAAUAACAGACACUGGGUAACCAGGCCUUAACUGAUGUAUAGGAAUGAUUGCUUGCAAGAUGGCAAUAAACAACACAAUCUAUUCUCUAUUUGACAACAUGGUAAAUAUGUUCUUCCUUCAUGGUGAUGUCUGUAAAAUGGUGUAUGUAAAAUAACACGUAUGUCCACAUAUUUUACAGGUGUGUGGAAGUCUUCUACAUUUACUUCAGGGCUGAUAAAAUAGAGGAGCCUUAUGUCAGUAUCACCAAGAAGAGGCAGCUACCCAAGGGAGGCUGCUCAGAUGAAGUGGAGAAAGAAGUGGGUCGAGCUGAGGGGAAGUUGUUUACACACAGAUCUGCUUUCAGCCGAGCCUCAGUCAUCCAGGCCUUCCUGGGGUCGGCACCACAGCUGACACUCCAGCUCUACAUUAGUGUACUGCAGCAAUACAUUACCCUGUCCAGGUGUAAGUCAUCCGUUCUUUAUCACUUCCGUCUAUUUGGAAAUCGAUGACAGCAUUUAUUAAAUACAAUAAAUAUACACUAUUACUCAGUAAUGCUAAUUAUCUGACAAGCAUCCACCUUAUAAAGUGUUGCUUUUAUAUACAAUUUGAUAAAAAAAAUAAUAAUGUAUAUGUAAUAAUUAAAUAAUAUGACAAGAUACAGUUACAAAGCACAUUGUAGGGCAUUGGAGCCUGUGGCAGGGUUUUCUUCUCCUAUAGAUGUGUGUUUCAUAAAUUCCCCAAUAUAUCCAAUUUGGAAAAUUAUGUGCAAGUCCACCAAUCUACAUAUGUUUUUCAAAUGAAUCUAUUUUGGUCUUUAUUUAGCAGCUUGCCCUAAGCACAAUUCUAGACUUGCAUAUUUGGGUUUGAACGAAUAGCAAUUUGCCCAAAUUUUAGGAGAUUGUCGAUUUGUCUGAAAUACCAAACCAUUUGAAGGUAGCAGGAAACAAACAAAAUAGCCGAAUGGACAAACUGUUUAAUAUGUUUCAUGAUUCAAAAUUUAAAAUACCAACUAUCUGCAUGAUGGCAGCACAAGCAGCCAGUGGGCAAAUAUUUAAAAAACAAAACUCAACCUAGUCAGGGUUAAUCAUUAUAUAAGCACUGAUAACUUACAAAAUGAAUACACAUUUAGAUGUCUAUAAUGAGCCACCAAUAGCCAAGUGUAAAUGAUAAUAAUAGAUUAUUCUCAUUUAAAGGGACAGUGUUCUUACUAUUUGCAUGUGAUAAUCACUGGCAGCCCAGCUGCAGAGUAUUCCCAUUUUUAUGUGGGUAGUGCAUUUAGAAUGUAUUUACUAAACAGAGAAAUUAAGUGGUUUAUUGGGAAUCAAUUUUGAAUUGGUCUGGUCUGCAUAUUGUUUUUUCAAAUAAAUCUGUUUUGGUCUUGAUUUAGCAGCUUGCCCUAAACACACUUCUCUAUAUGUAGUUAUUAUUUUGACAUGUGUUGCUAACAAUGCCACUGUGAUGCUCUUUGCACUAACCUAAAAAGGUCAUUCCUGCAUUCCUGAUAAAAGUCUGAAAACAGUUUUCAGCUGUCAUUACAGAAACUUGACUGUUGUAUACCUAGAUAUGUCCUUUACAGCACUAUUUUUAAAGGGACAAUUGAAGUGCCACAACCUCCAAUACUUCUUGCAGCGAUAAAGAAACAAGGAGCCCCUCUGUCUAUCUUUCCUUAUAUUCUGUUGCUUAUAGCUGCAGACAUUUGGAAUAAAAAUUGGUACAGCUGUAAGCCCUCUCCCUCUCUCUAUGAUGUCACAGGGAGAAGAAAUAAUUAUACCUGUUUGUGAUUCUAGCUUUAUAAAGGAGAGCCUGUGUUUUGUUCUCAGCUGUCUACAUUCAUGAGUAAACAAGAAUAAAGCUUUUACUGCUGUGGCUUCUAAAGGCUUUUUCAGUCUUUUCAUCUGCUGAAUUAUAUCUAUUAAACCUGCUGGCCAUGCACUCAUACCAUGAGAUACACUCAGUAUUCAAAUAAAGAUCUACAUAUGGAUUUGGAUACUUACUAGGUAUAUUUAAGACAAGUAAACUAGCAUGUCUCUGGUCUUCUGCCUUGAUGGAGGUUGUGGGUCUGUUUCCCUUGCUCUCUUUUCAGCUUUGGCUUGAAACAGGUUGUGAUUUCUCUAUGAAGGAGGUAGCUAAAUGUCUCUUAUAAUGCAUAUGCACAUUAUAUUGGCAUAUUUAUUAUAUCUGUGAGGGAACUAGCAUUGACUGAUCGCGGUAUUCCAAAGAGGUGUCCCUUCCCAGAGCCACAUAUUUAUUGAGCAUGAGUUGUACCUGCCGACUUUGGAAUUUAGAAUGCUUCAGUACAGGGAACGGAAUUUUGCACCUGCAUUUCAUAUGAAACUAGAAAAAGUAUAGAUAGAUGCACAGAAUUAGAAUCAGCAACAAAUGUAAGGAACUCCUCUCAAUAAUAUAUAUUUAUAUAUAAUAUUCUUAUUGCAAGAUAAUAUCAGACAAACAAUUUAUCAUCAUGAUUUAUCAAAGAACACAAUACUAAGUAAUAAUAUAGUGGAUGAUUAGUUAUUCACUGAUCACUGUGUAUCAAAUUGUAGUUCACACUAUAAUGAAGGUUUUUGCCCUAUGUUAUCCAUGACGAUUAUACAUGUAAUUUAAAUUAUAAAUGUAAAUGGUAACUCCAAGCAUCAUGACUACUUCUGUUUAUUAGCUUAUGUAUCCUUAUCAAAAAAAGUUUUAUAGGUACACUACAGGCAUCCAAACAACCUUAGCACAAUUAAGCAGUUUUGGUGUAUAGAUCAUGCCACUGUAGUCUCACUGCUAAAUUCUCUGCCAUUUGGGAGUUAAAUCUCAUUUGUUUCUGCCCAUGCAGCCCUGACCACACCUCCCCUGAUUGUAACUGACACAGCCUGGAUUAUAAAAACAAAAUUAUUUUUCAAUCAGAUGUUAUCUUACUUUAGAAGUCUUUAUUCUGCUCUGUAAAUUCAAUUUUAAUCACACAGGAGGCUCCUGCAGUGUCUAUGAGUCUAUUAACAGAGCAGGAGAUGCGGAAGUCUAGAUUAAACAGACUGUGCAAUACAGGAACCUGAAAUAUCUAGGUUCUUCUCUCGGAAGUGUUUAGGAAGGCUGUGUAAGUCACAGGAGGUGUGUCUAGGGCUGUAUAAACAAAGUGAUUUAAAUCCUCAAUUACAGAGAAUUGAGCAGUAUGACUGCAGGGGCAUGAUCUACACAACAAAACUGCCUCAUUAUGCUACAGUUGCUUUAGUGCUUAUAGUGUCCAUUCAAAUUCUCUACUACCAUAAAACCUGUUGUUUAACGGAACAUUUUCUUAUUGAUUUUUCAGCCAUAUUUAUGAGCAUCUCUCUACUGUCCAUUGUCUAUGGAGCCUUGCGGUGCAACAUCUUGGCCAUAAAAAUAAAGUAUGAUGAUUAUGAUAUCAGCGUUAGACCAGCUGCCUACCUCUGCAUUUUUCUUUGGAGAGUGUUUGAGAUUGCUACCAGAGUCACCGUACUUGUCCUCUUUAGCUCAGUUUUACAAAUCUGGACCCUGCCUGUUGUUUUGCUAAACUUUUUCAUUUUCUUCUUUUACCCAUGGAUCCUCUUCUGGAAGAGCCAAUCUCCUUUUCCUGAAAACAUAGAAAAGGCCCUAUCAAGGGUUGGUACAACCAUGGUUCUAUGCUGUCUUACCUUCCUGUAUGCUGGAAUCAACAUGUUCUGUUGGUCUGCGGUCCAACUUAAACUAAAUGAUUCUGAUUUAAUCAACAAAUCUCAAAACUGGUACUGCAUGGCAGUGUAUUAUAUGCUACGGUUUGUUGAAAAUGCCUCCCUAUUAUUGUUAUGGUACAUAUUCAAAACAGAUAUUUACAUCUAUGUCUGUGCUCCUCUGCUGGUCUUGCAGCUGCUUAUUGGGUAUUGUAUCUCUGUGCUGUUUAUGUUGAUCUUCUAUCAGUUUUGUCAUCCCUGCAAGAAACUAUUUUCAUCAAGUAUCUCGGAUGGGUUGCUGACAUGUUUUAAGUUUUUGUGUUACAUGUGUAUACCGUCAAGAGAGCCAUCAAAGGGAGAUAAAUUUGGAGCCAAAUUAUCUGACAGUUCUGAGAUCAUGGAUCAACCAAGCUCUAAAGGUAUGGAGUCACAAAAUGGAAACUCUCACCACAAUGUUUCUUCCAAUGCGUGACAUGGAAUUUGGUGAUAGAGCUACAUUUCUGAUGAAUAUUUUCCAGAUCACCUGUAGGACUGUGCAGUCUUUACACACAUAGAAAGUACUGUCAUUGCCAAAUGUGCAAAUGUGCAGCAGUACCAUAAUGAGAACAACGUGUGUACUCAGGUAAUAACUGUUGGAGAUAAUGUUGAGCUUCAUCCUUUCAUUGGAGAAUUGGACAAUAUGCAUUUCACUGCAUCGAAGAAGGGUAGUACAUUGCAGUGUGCUCUAUUUACAUAUAAGAGGAGGCGCUUCAACAGCGCCAUUCAUUAAAAUAAAUAUUUUGUUUUGUUGCACGGUAAUAUAGAAAAUAAUGUAUCCAGAAUAUAAAAAAUAACAAGCUGUGAAUAGCAGUCACGUACAAUAGGAGUUUUUGACAGAAGGAGUCUCUUUAACCCCUUAAGGACACAUGACAUGUGUGACAUGUAAUGAUUCCCUUUUAUUCCAGAAGUUUGGUCCUUAACGGGUUAAAGUUGUAAGGUUUUUACUCCCAAAUAUUUCACAACAGCUUUUAUAUUUGAAGGGUCAUCUAAAAUUUCAGGAGGUUCUUGCUUCCUAGAAUUGCAAUUAUCUUAAGGAUGUAUAUGUUAUUAAUGCAUUGAUGGAGUUUAAAGAUGAGGUCUAAUAAGUCUAAUAAGUUUACAUUGCAUGUAUAUGCAGUAUAUCUAUUUAUACAGAUUGCAGUAAUUAAUUGUGAGCACUAUACUUAUGAAUCAUGUAUUUAUUAACGAAUGUCUAUCCCCAGGUGUGUCUAUUGUAUAGGUAUAUGUAUAAUGUUAGUAAAGGUGUGUGUGUGUGUGUGUGUGUGUGUGUGUGUGCAAAAGCUAUUAUAUAAUUAUGACAUCUACUGAUGUGGUAGUGAAAUGCACUGUAAAAGGCUAACUGCAGGUAUUGUUCAUAAUUAAAAAUGAUAGAAAAAUAAUGUAUCAAUGUAAAAUAAAACCAUGCUUUUGAAAUGUAUGGACAUACUAGUCUUUUCCAAUAAGUUAAGUAAAACACGUGUGCAUUUAGCAUCACCACAUGUGAUACUGUUACUCUUUCUUAGCACACAGUGUUAUUUUAUAAAAUAAACACAUUUUUCAAGUGAAAA